AAGAAAGAAAGAAAAAAAAAUCCCUUUUAGAGGUGCGAAGCCGGAGAAUGAGCGGCGGCGGCGGCGGGAGGCUGAACGCGGUGUUCUACGCGGAGCGGUACCACCCGAUCCAGGCCGGCAGCAUCGACGGCACCGACGUCCUCCCCCACGACAACGCCGUCUUCCGCGCCCUCCUCUGCUCCACCGCCAACCUCUAUGAUCCGUUUGGGGACCCGAAGGUCAUCGGCGAUCCCUACCGCACCGUCUUCGUCGGCCGACUCUCUCGCCUCACCGACGACGAAACCCUCCGGCAGGCGAUGAGCAAGUACGGGAGGGUGAAGAACAUGCGAUUGGUCAGAGAUAUCGUCACCGGCGCUUCACGCGGUUAUGCUUUUGUUGAAUACGAAUCCGACAGAGAAAUGCGCCGUGCAUAUGAGGAUGCGCACCAUUCAAUCAUAGAUGGCAGUGAAGUGAUCGUAGAUUACUACCGACAACACCUAAUGCCUGGAUGGAUACCUCGACGUCUUGGAGGCGGGCUCGGAGGCAAGAAGGAAUCCGGUCAGCUCCGAUUCGGAGGUCGAGAGAGGCCAUUUCGAGCUCCUCUGCGGCCCAUUCCUUACGACGAUCUAAAAAGGCUCGGCAUUCCGCCACCACCGGAGGGCCGAUAUAUGUCGCGCUUUCAGAUUCCGUCUCCACCCAGGCGGAGAAGCAGCAGCUAUGCAGAGGGAGAAGAUUCGCCGUCGAGGCCCCGAGCAAAGGAUGGAGAAGAGAGUUACCGUAAGAGGCGAAGGAGUCCAACUGAUGUCGACGAAAACCGUAGCGAGCGCCAUAGCCGUCACAGAGAGCAUUCGCACGAUCGAGAUGAUUCGCGGAGCAAGCACCGCGGAGAUCGCACCGAACAUUCUCACCGGCAUAAGAAGCGAUCGAGAAGUCGGGAUUUUAGUUCUUAGGAGUCUUGGAUUUGAUCCGAGUUGAUAAUGUAGAACAUCUGUGCGCAGGUUUUCAUAUCAUCUAUUGUUGUUGCGUAAACACAUGGGAGUUUGAAAAAGCUGAUGCUUUAGGAUGCGAACAAAGGGAUGAAUUAUCAACUGAAAAUGUUGUAUUACUCAAUAAAGGGAUUUUCUUUUCUUUUCUUUUCUUU